AUGGGGUCGCCGCCGCGGCCGGUGCUCCGGCCGCGAUCGGGCACGCUGGAGCGGCUCCUCACGCCGACGCUCGACGUCGUGUCCGAGGCCGGCGGCGCCGGCGACGCGUCCGGCGACCUCCACAUGCACAACCUGCACCAGUUUUUUCCCGUGUCCCCCCGCUCCCGCCGCUCGGAGCGGCGCGCGUCCGCCAGGUCCCUGCGCAUCCUCCACGGCACGGCCGCGGCCGUCGACGCGUGCAUGCGGCGCGUCAUCGCGCUCGGCCCCGCCGUCUGCGGCUACUGGCCGCGCGCGGCCGUCUCGCUCAUAGCCGCGCGGCCGCCCGGCGCCGCGACCGGCGCGGCGCGGCGCGACGGCGGCGCCGCCGCAGUCUUCGACGCCGUCGCGGCCGGCGACGUCGGCGCGCAGAGCCCCGCCGCCUACGGCGCGCGCGACGUGCGCGCGCUCCUCGACGCCGCCGCGCGCGGCGCGCCGCGGCGGCGCCGCGCGGCCGCGGCGCUCGUCGCGGAGAUGGGCGGCGACGCGCGCGACGCGCCGCCGGCGCGCCGCGGCCGCGUCGGCGCCGUCGCGCUCGCCGGCGAGUCCGCGGGCGCGUGCAUCGCCGCGUCCGUCGCGGAGCGCGUCGCCGCGCGGUCCGCGGCGGCGCGCGGCGGCGGCGCGCCGCCCGCGCGGCCCGCGGCGCUGCUCAUCUACUACCCGCCCCUCAACCUCCACGAGCUCCAGUCGCCGAGCCGCAUCGUCAUGUCCUUCGACCCGCUCCUGCCCAUCAACGCGCUCGUCGCGGCGUCGCAGGCCUACGGGUCCCUCGACAUGGACGAGUCCAUGAUCUCCUACUACAGCGACGCGGCGAUCCUCGGCGAGUUCCCCAAGACGCUCAUCAUCUGCGGCGGCACGGACCCGCUCCUCGACGACGCCGUCGACUUCCACACGCGGCUCCGCCGCGCGGGCGUCGACGCGUCCCUCGUCGUCCACCGCAAGCUCACGCACGGCUUCCUGGGCAUGCUGCCCUACGGGCCCCUCGCGCCGCCCCACGCCCUCGAGCUCGCGAAGCUCGGCGUCCGCUUCCUCGCGGACGGCCUCGCCGGCGCCGGGGACGCGCGCCGCGGCUAGGAACCCCCCCCGGGGGCGCGCGGUUCCGCCUCACGCGCGGCGUCGCGGCGGGGAGGGGGGCUCACCGCGCGUUCUCGACGUCGCCGCUCACGGGCGCGAGCGGCGUCCGCGGCGCGGCGCCGUCGCCGUCGCCGGCGUCGCCGGCGUCGUCGCCGCGGUCGCCGGCGGCGGGCGGCGCGUCGUCCGCGCGCGUCGCCUGGGCCCAGGCCGCGAGGAGCUCAUCGCGGAAGCUCGCCGCGGCGCCCGGGGCCGCGAGGGCCUCGGACGCGAACUCGGCCUGCGCCUUGCGGGAGAAGGCCGCCGCGGGCGCCGCGGCGCGCGCGGCGCAGGUCCAGCGCCACUUGCGGCGCCGCGGCGCCUUGCGCGCGUCGAGGUGGAAGGCCCGCGCGCCAUCGAAGGCCCGCGCCGCGCCGAGGACCGGCCCCUCGCAGCGCGUGACGCGGCGCCAGACGUCCGACAGCUCGGCACGGAGCGCGGCCGCGCACUCGGCGUCGCGCGAUGCCGCGUCGUCGUCGGCGCCGAAGCAGAGGCUCGUCUGCCGGUCGAAGACCGUCGCGCCGUUGCGCCGGAUGCGCGCGCUGAGCGCCCAGGACCCGGCGCCCGUCGCCGUCGCGGCCCUCUUCACCGCCGAAACGGUAACGGCGACGGACCCCUCGACGGCGCCCACGUCCGCGUCCGGCGCCGGCGGCGCGACGACCGCGCCCUUGGCGCCGGGCCGCGCCGGCGGCGCCGACGCCGGGCGCCAGCGCGUCGGCGUGCGCACCAUCCCAACGGCGCCGAAU